UUGCAGAAGUACUCUCCUAUGAUGGCACAGAAAUCACAAGGAUCUGACAACCUUCAAGAAGGCAAGGAAAAGAGCAAGAGAGACAUCCUGAAGUGCACCAAGAGCAUGUGGGCUCCACUGGAUGAGCGGCUACCCCCUGACCCUGAGGAGGAAAGCCAGGGUCUCACCAUCCCCAUGCUGGAAGAUUCCAAGCAAGAAAGUAUUCAGCAGUGGCUGGACUCUGGAUUCUUUGUCUCUGCAAAUGAAAACUUUCAACAAGUCAUUGACCGCACUGUUUCUUUGUGUGAACAAGGGAUGGUUCAAAUGACUGUGAAAGACUACAUGAGAUCUUUGCAUCAGUUUUCAGAAACUCCCACCCUAUCCAGAGGGACCAGUUUCAACUCUUGGUAUUCUACUGCAAGUGUACCACAAAGCGUUCCUGAAUGGCUGGAAUUUUGGGAGAAAGAUCCAGUGGAGAUUCUCUUGGAUCUGGGGUUUGGUGCCGAUGAGCCAGACAUCUGCACACAAAUCCCAGCCAGAUUCCUUGGUUGUAGCUCAGCAGCCAGAGGGAUCAACAUCCGUGUUUUUCUUGAAGCUCAAAAGCAGCGAAUGGACAUUGAGAACCCCAACUUGUACGGCCGUUUCCGACAGCUGGAAAUCCUGGACCAUGUGACCCAUGCCUUCUCAUCUUUGCUGAAUGAUGUCAGCAUCCUGCCAAACAGAGCUGAAGAGAAAGCUGGAGGAGAGAGUGUGCAAAGAACCUCAGUGAGUGCCACCAAAGAGCAUCGAAGAAGGAUGGGUAAACUCAUAAGGAGAGCUUCAAAACAGAACAUCAGGAGGGAUUGUAACCCAGAGGCAUCAGAGUCCUUCAAGAUGAAAGAUGAAGUUUUUAUCCCCUUUACAAAACCAUGGGAGUGUGGAGCAGAGCUAGCAGCAACCUCAAUCAACCACAAGCAAAAUCAUUUGUCUCUGUCAGUAGAACAUCAGUCUCUCCAAGCCUGUGAUGAUUUGCUAUCUUAUCCUCCCCACGAUCUUCUGGGCAAGCAAUGGCCUUGCUCAUCUAUGCCAGCCAAGCAGACUGCUCCUUCCUGUGUGUCUGAGGGGUCAGUCAAGGGCAAAACUCAGAAGGAGAACUUAUUUCAGACUAACAAGCUCAAGUGCCUGUCUCGUCUUGCGGGUAAAGGACCAGACUCGUUUGAAAUGGAAGAGGUCCAGAGCUUUGAAGAAGAGACUGGUAAUCCUCUUGACAUGACUUCAGGAACUGUAGGUGCCAGGGUGGACAGAGCAAAUAGCUGCCAGUCUGACAGCAGUGGGUUCCUGGAGGAGCCGCUGGAACUGCUGCCCUUCCAGAUGCCUUCCUUGCCAAGCAGCCAGAGUCCUGCUGAGAAUGGAGGUAGAAAACCAAGAGAUCAGAGUCACAGCGUAGGAUCAUCUCAGGACUGUCAACUAGAGUCAGAUGGGCCAGAUUCCAAGAGUAGGGUGAGCGCAUCUUUUUCAAGCCAAGACAUGACUGCCUUGGAAGAAAAGGCCUCAGUAUCUAUAGUGGAGGAAGAGUUUCUGCUUGAGGCCAUGGAGAAGCCACCAGAGCUGUAUAUCCCAGACAUGGCCUGUGCCAAGACCACCAUGAGGGGAGAACACCCAAGGAAAGACAGCUAUCUGCGGCAGCUUCUGCCAAUGUCCCACAAUGAAUAUGAGGUUACCGGAUCCACAGCCACUUCCAAAUAUGAUCAUCCUCUGGGGUUUAUGAUAACCCACAUCAGAGAAAUGCAGGGCAGUUUUCUAAGGCCUGAGGGGGCUGGCGAAGUGCAAAGCCACCACUAUGUGUCUCAAAGAUCACCUGGAAAUGAUCAUACUCAAGACAAGUUCCUUCAUGUUGACUCUGAGGCCCCAAAAGAAGAAGAAAGCAGUGGACUCUGUCCUGACACCAACCACAGCUUACUGGCACCAGAAAGCUCAUCACAGUGUGUCUCCAAGCACAGUGAAAUCAUACCUUAUGCAACUGACCUUGCUCAAACAUCUGAAAAGCCCAUUAUCUACCUCCAUAAACUGCCUGGAGAUCCUGCCCAGGUGAAGUCAAGGUCUUGUACUUUGGGUCAGAUACUACCUAGGCCAGAAGCUGAGAUGGAAAACCUUCCUCUAAAUACUGGCAGCUCCAGGUCUGUAAUGACCCAGAUGUCCUCCAACCUGGUGUCAGCUGCUCAGGGUGCUGUGUCCUUGGGGACUGGUCCCAGAGGAACAUCUUUAGAAUGCACUAUGUAUGAUACUGUUACCACAACAGAACCAAGACUGGGGACAGAAGCAAGACAGUACAAUGAUGCUUCCAUUCAGACUUUUGUAUGUGAGCCCAGGCCCUGGCAUUUCUGUUCAGUUCCAAGCAACAAGGCCUUGACACAUGGGCCCCAGCCCCUCACCAAAUCUGUCUCUCUAGACUCAGGCUUCCCUAGUAUCUGCCCAUUGGGCACCUGCCAUGCUAUACCCACCCACUGCUGCAUCUGCUGUCAUCACCACUCCCACUGCCACUGGGAGAGGCAAAGCCCUGGCCUUGAACCCUCAGUCUGUAGGCACUGCCUCUGCUCACUCACUGGUCACCGGGAAGCCCAGUUCAUGACGACUUUGAAAGCCCUUCAGGACACUACAGUGAGGGAGCUAUGUUCCUGCACAGUCCAUGAGAUGGAAGCCAUGAAGACGAUAUGCCAGAGUUUCCGGGAGUAUUUAGAGGAAAUUGAACAGCACCUUAUGGGACAGCAGGCCCUCUUUUCCAGGGACAUGUCAGAGGAGGAAAGGGAGGAGGCCGAGCAACUGCAAAUGUUACGUGAGGCCCUGAGGCAGCAGGUGGCAGAGUUGGAAUUUCAGUUAGGACACCGGGCUCAGCAAAUCAGAGAAGGGAUUUUACUGCAGCUGGAGGUUCUCACAGCAGAGCCACCUGAACACUACUCAAAUCUGCAUCAAUGUAACUGGAUAGAAGAAAGCAAUGGCCAGACUUCAUGUUCUAAAAUCCACCCAGGCAUGAACCCAAGGACUGUCUUUCCUCCCAGUGAUGGCCAGCAAGCUCCCUGUUCAGGUGGGACCCAGUUGGCUGCCUUCACUCCACCCACCUUGGAGAACAGCACCAGGAUGUCUCCUUCAUCAUCAGCUUGUGCAAAGUUAGGUCCAACCCCUUUGUCAAAUUGUCCUAUUGGAGAAAAGGAUACAGAUGUCUUCCUCUAG